CGAGGCCGUGGGUGCGGAUGCGCCGCUGACGACUCGCCGCGACCAGCAGUGCCGCCGGGCCGCCGGCCGGAUCCCGCAGCAUGGCAGCCGCCGCCUAUGUGGACCACUUCGCCGCCGAGUGCCUCGUGUCCAUGUCGAGCCGCGCGGUCGUGCACGGGCCGCGGGAGGGGCCGCAGUCCGGACCCGAGGGCGCGGCCGCCGCUGUCGCCGCCACGCUGCCCCGCGUCGAGGAGCGCCGCGACGGCAAGGACAGCGCCUCGCUCUUCGUGGUGGCGCGGAUCCUGGCGGACCUCAACCAGCAGGCGCCGGCGCCCUCCCCGGCGGAGCGCAGAGAGGGCGCCGCGGCCCGGAAGGCGAGGACCCCCUGCCGCCUGCCGCCGGCGCCGCCGCCCGCCCCCGAGCCCGCCUCCCCCGGCGGCGGCGGUGCGGCGGCCGCGCCCCUCAGCCCCGCGUGGAGCGAGCCCGAGGCCGAGCUCGAGGCGGGGCUGGAGCCCGAGCGGGAGCCGGGGCCCGCGGGGAGCGGCGAGCCCGGCCUCAGACAAAGAGGCCGGCGGGGCCGAAGUCGCGCCGACCUCGAGUCCCCGCAGAGAAAGCACAAGUGCCACUACGCGGGCUGCGAGAAAGUUUACGGCAAGUCCUCGCACCUCAAGGCGCACCUGAGAACUCACACAGGUGAGAGGCCCUUCGCCUGCAGCUGGCAGGACUGCAACAAGAAGUUCGCGCGCUCCGACGAGCUGGCCCGGCACUACCGCACACACACCGGCGAGAAGAAGUUCAGCUGUCCCAUCUGCGAGAAGCGCUUCAUGCGCAGCGACCACCUGACGAAGCACGCGCGCCGCCACGCCAACUUCCACCCGGGCAUGCUGCAGCGGCGCAGCGGGAGCUCGAGGACCGGCUCCCUCAGCGACUACAGCCGCUCGGACGCCAGCAGCCCCACCAUCAGCCCGGCCAGCUCUCCGUGAGCCCGGCCGCGCCCCGCCCCGGCAGCAGCACAGCCCCGCCCAGGGCCCCGCCCCCUCCCUGGGGCUGCCCGAGGACCCUCCACCCCCACUACAGCCAUGAGCAGACGCUCGCCCUUCUGUUCCUGAUGCCGUGUCUUUCCCUUUUGUAAGAAGAAAGAAGAGAGAACUUUAUGAAGUCAAUAACAAUAACACAACAAUUUCUUCACCUCAGGUGUCAAAGUAAAUUUGUAAAAAAAAAACUAAAAAUUUUCAAAAAACACCAUUCAUAAAUUGCACAAUAGACAUACCCACAAAGGUGAGAUUCAGUGGUGUUGAACCCCCCCCCUUUCUCAGGGAUGGACAUGUUCCACAAGGUCAGUGAGGACACCCCCUUCCUGCCGCCUUAUUCUGUACAUAGAUUUGCACUCUGGAGUUUUCUGUUAGGUUCAGGGACACACUGGGGACAGAGACAAGCAGUGCAGGUGCAGCUCAGCAUCCAGCCUGUGGGUGAAUUGGUCGGUCCGUCCUGCAUGGAUGUGGUCACUGACACUUGCUUUCAGGCCAUGUUCCUAAGCUGAGGGCCUCCCCACCAGCCUCUGCCCCAGCAGCCUGGCUGGGCUCAGGACAUAGAUGUUCAGAGGGAUGCCUUAAGCUGUACCGGGCAGAAGAAGCACUCCACCUGGGGAGCCCAUUUCCCUCUCCCUGCCUCCAGGAGCCGCCUUCUGGGCCUCUCAGAGUCCUGGAAGCAGAGAUGCAAGCCCUGAUUCAUCAGCCUGCUGCACCACCUAAAGUCCGUCGUGAGGGGACCUUGGGGCCACGUUCGCCCUGCCCUUGGCCUGCUUGAGGUAUGUGCUCCACGGAGGGACACCUCCUAUCCUGUGUCCUGCAGAAGACACAUGGGGACCUCUCACUAUUUCACAUUCUCUGACUGGAAAGUAGAGCCUGGGAAUCCCAGUCUUCUUCAGAGAUGUCUGCAAGUGUCUCCAGUCCCUGUGUUCUCCUGGACUGGCCCUGCUACCAAGAUACCUUUGUUUGGAAUAGCAGGGAAGGUUGUUGGGCCCCCUGGCCAGAGGCCCAGUGUGUGUGGCCGUGCAUGUGGCAGUGCUUGGUGCUUCACAGAGACUGUUCUGUAGCAAGAGACCGGAACAUUGUGACUUGGAACUUUUCGGGAGUGGUAAAGCAGAUGUAGUGGGAAAUGCUGUCGGAGAAUGUGCAUUGUUUCCUCCCCGGGGAACACCAGACAGAAAGUUGUGGGAAAUACUUUGCUCACACCCACCAUGUUCCCAGCUCAGAAUUAGCAAACCUCCAGCUUCUCCAUGAGCUUUGCACCCCCUGGACUUCUCCUGUUCCCUCCCAUCAUUCUCCUGCCUGGGCGGCCCCAGCCCAUACCUGUCUGUGGCGCCUCAGGGCUGUGGGUGCUCCAACCAGGUUCUGCCGGGGAAAGGAGGAGCAGAGAGCUAAGCACUUUGUCUUGGAGCCCCAGCCUGAGCCCAGCUGGGGUCUGAGCCCUGGCAGAGCAAUCAGGCUGGGCUCCAGCGUGCUGCUCCUCUGCAGACAUUUGGAGGUUCCUCCUCAGUGCUGCUGUCCAGGCACUGCCCUUCCCUUCCUCCUCAGAGUUCGGGCCUGUAAAUACAAGCCUCCAGGACAGUGUGUGUGUGUGUGUGUGUGUGUGUGUGUGUGUGUGUGUGUGUGUGUGUGCGCGUGGGGGGGAGGGGGGUUUGGGGUGGACUCGGGGUAUUUUGCAGAGACCUCUGCUCUUUUUGGUGAGGAGGAAUGACCCUUGGGACCUCAGAGGGCUGUAGAUGGGCUUCCUGGGCCCAGAGUGCCUUGGUUGUGGCCAUCCUGCUUGCACCCUGACCUACAGGGCAUGGGGUGCAGCACAGAGAAGCCCAAGGGACCCCGGCCUGGCUGGUGCUAAUCGCCCUUGGCUGCAGCUUUAGGCCAGCACCCUCUGUCCAUAGUGACCACAAGGAUGGCAAUCUGCUGUCUGUAACACUUGGAUGCCCCUUUCUAACUCUACUGUGUGUCACCUAAGAUUAGCCAGUGGCAUGGUGGUGGCUUCUGAGUAGCAUGUUAGGUACCAAGUUGGGCAGUAGCAUUGUUAUUGCUGUGGGUGGAAGCCCACAGGGAUGGGGGUCAGAUGCAGGGCUGACUGCCCUGGCUGCUGUGCCCCAUUUGGGCUGCAUGACAGUCCUGCUUGCGUUUGGUCUGGGAAAGAGGGUAGAAUAUCCUAUAGAGACCUGGACAGAAGAGCACCCUGAGUGCUUGGGGUGAAAGAUCUUCAUGCCCAGUUCCAAAGUGAGGCCUGGAAGGCCCUCGGAGGCCCCUCCCAAAGUUGUUUCUGUGUGAGGCAUAGAAAGCCACACUGAAUACAUUUCACGUCUCAGGAACUCACAUUCCAGGUUCAGGAAUUUUAUUCCAAAGUCCUUUGGUGUGCUCACCGUCCAUGGGUCCCCGAAGGCAGGGAGAGGGAGCUGUGUGUCUCUGGGAGGCCACACAGUGCUAUCCCCUGUAGGAGCCAGGUUUCUCCUUGUGAUCUGCCCACUGGCAUCUCAGAAGGAGGGUUUCUAACCCCACAUCUGUCUGCACAUAGGAAGGGGAGUAAGGACUCUAAACCCAGUCAUCUUGGAAUAAAAGAAGAGCUGGUUUGUUUUAGCGGCGGGGUGGGGGGUGGGGGAGGGAACACGGGUGUUUGCUGUUUCCAAAGAGAGCACUUAAUUUAAUUUUUCCUCUGAAUGACCCAGGGCUGUUCCGUCUGCUAGAUGGAAAGGUAACAUUGCCUUAAAACAGAAAUAUGCAGGCAUUGGCUAUUUUUGGCAAAUGAGUGUGUCUUCAUUCCCAAAGUGGUUCUGAUCUAAUAGCAGGGUGCAGUCUUUCCACUCUGGGCCUGGCUUGGGAGGUGGGGCACCUGGAGGGAAUUCCCUUCUGGCAUCCCUGGGCACUUGGCUUGGAGCUUCCAUCAGACCAUCCUGACUCAUCUGGGGCUGAUAUUCAUCUCACUUGAAGGGUGGGAAAAAUCCAUGAGCCUCCGGCGAAGUUUACAUGGGCUCUCACUGGCAUCUGAUCAUCAUGAAAUGAGUGCUCGUGGAGGGGGGCGGUGGGCCGCGGAAAGCCACCUCCCUUGGGCCCUCACUGAAAGCAGUUAUGUGGGGCAGACCUUCCUGAAACAGCCUGCAUUUUCCUCUAAGAUGUAGAAUGUUUUCCCAGCCUGGGUCUAUUUCAGGGUCUUUCAUUUUUCUGGUUAAUGGCCAUGCUUGCUGGCUUCAAUGUGAUUGAAGAACCCAUAGGACUCCUAGACAUAAUAGAGAAAACUCAAACCUUUAUUUUGUAGCAGACUUGUUCUCACAGGCCAAGGGGGCAGAAAUCUCAAAAUGAAGGUUGCCUGAAUAAAGGGAGAGUUUUCUCCAAAAAGUCCUAAAACCAUCCCUGGACUCAAGCAUCAGGAGGCUGCUGUUUAACUCACGUCCCAAAAAAGAAAGCCCCUUUUUGUGUCAGCCACAUUUGGGGACCAGUUGUCGGCUCCCCCAUAGGCCCACUGAAUCCUACAGCCAUCCAGAAAGAAACAUGAACACAGAUGUUUCCACGAAGGACCCCGGGGUCCUCUUCUGUAGGGUGCUAUGUAGGACCAGGCAGUGAUGCCCUUGAUGGGAAUGUAGUCCUGGAGGUACCCUACCUGCAUCCCACCACACCCCCACAAAUGGCACUGGAGGUGCAGGACACCACCCACCCUUUAUUCUGAGGCCAUGCAACCUGGUAGGUGCAGCCACCAGGUGCAAACGUCAGUGGGACUGGGUCCCCAGAUCUCACCUACGCCCUGGGUCACAUCUUAGACCAGUGGAAAGUGACUUGGUGGUAGGGACAGGCAGGCCACAGGUGGCCCCCAGCCCAUUUGUUGGGACAUGAAGAGAGGGUUGGUGGCUUUCUGUGGUCCCAAGUGAAGUGUGGCAGAACUGGGGUCUCCAGUCAAGCUUUCUGCCGUCCAGCCCAGAGUCUACAGAAGACCCAGCCUCCUUUCUUGCCAGAAGCAGGUGCUAAGAUGGACUGCACAGGGUCAUAGCACACUCCCUAGGGACUUCAUCCAUAGUCUCAGUGAGCAGGAGGGCCACCUAACAAGAAAGUGUGAUCUGAGCAAUAGCCUCCCCUUGUUAUUUUGACUCCUGGUUUGGGCUGUUUACAAGGAUCCUUGAUUAUUUUGACUUCUGGCAGGUAUCACUGAUUUUUUUGUUGUUUUUAAACCCUUUUGCAAAAACUCAGUCAAAAAUAGUGCUGGACGAUAUAAAGGGUCUGAUGUAGCGGUCACAUUGAAAACAGAGAUGCUUCGUUGGUCACCCACAUCUUCUGCUACCCAAAGAUUCCAUAUGUGAGUCUAGUGACCAUAUUUUCCAAACCUAAAAUCAAGGAUGUGGGUUGAUGCUUUCUGAAUGCAGGAUUGCUCUGGGAGGAGCCAGCUCCUCCAGCUGACAUUCCCAGUUCUGAGGCUCGGUUUCAAAGGUUUGUCCAAGACACAUUCCAGAGAAUUUUGUACCAGAAUUUGGAUGCACAAUCCAGCUUACUACUACUGAUAAAUGCCUGAACGUCAUUUAGGGCAAUGCCCUUUCCCCACACACUGUCAUGUCCCUUGUUGGUUUGAAGAUUGGAUUUGGUGGGAACUGUGAGCCCCGAAUCCGUGAGGGCAGAGGAGUGUACCUGUAUGGCCUGCACUGACCCCCUGGAGCAAUGUUGGCCUUGUGGUGUGGCCAGCUGGCCCUGCCAACCUCUCCACUUCUUAUGCAGCUUUAAAACCUUACUACUUUUAUUUAAAGAUGAACAAGAGGAGAGUGGACCACAUGUACAGCUUGCUCCAGGGGUGCGAGGGCAUUUUCCUAGUGACGUUGACAGGAUGCUGUACAUGCUCAUUUAGAAACCCAAGGAUGUGAGCUGAAUGCCUGCAGGACAACCACAGGUCUGGCAGGAGAUCAUCCCUCCCACUCAGAGCACAAGGCCUGGGUGUACUAGCUGGAUCUGUCCCCAGCCCGCCCUGUGUGGGAGGUGAUGGGGCCACUUCCCAGUGUGGGGAGCGGUGUGGCAGCUGUACCCACUCAGGGUGCCGGUGUGCAGGCAGGCGGCUUCACUCCCUAGCCUCACCCUGGAGAGUCCUUGUGCCUGGUGCUGAGGAUCUCAAGGGCUCAAUGGUAUCAGUGUGAGCUAUGCAUUGUGGGGUGUGGGGCUUGCUGUGUUUCCACAUGAUGGGGAAUAGCUUGUGGGGGUGUGCCAGGUGCAUGAGUCAGAUACUCUCAAACCCACACAAAUGACCCCUUCCUCAUCCAAAGUCACUGAUGGAGCUUCUCUGGAAUCGUUUGCCAAAAUCCCAAGGCAGACUCCAAGGGUCCAAGACCAUUUCCAUGGAGCAUACGUUUUCCUUUUCUGUAGGAACUUUUUUUUUUCUUUUUAACCAGCACCACACCAUGCUUCCAAAGGCCACGUUUCAUCUUUCCUGGAUCACUACAGUGAAGUAUUACAGUUGUACAGUUCCCAAUCUGGCCUUGGCUUGCUCGGAUAAAACUUUGUAUGUAUUUUGUAUGGCAUAGAUUCUAUAUUGUAAUGAUGUCCUAUGCAAAAAAAAAAAAACAAACUAAAAACUAAAUUGUAAAUUUUAUUGUUUUAACGUGUAUGCAUGUUUAGUGACGUUUACAUUUUGAAAUAAAAUUUAUGAUUCAUUAUUUUA